AUGUCGCUGAUUUUCCGUCCGAGACCCUUCUCCCUUGUCGGUGAAAUGAUGAGGGACAUGGCCAGAAUGGAGAGACAGUUCGUUCCGUUCGUCGACCGAAUCGAUAACUCCGCUGCUUCUGAAGUAAGUUCCUGCUCCCAGAGUAUUCAGAAAUCCAAUUCAUUUCAGAUCGUCAACAACGAAGAGAAGUUCGCCGUCAAUCUGAACGUUUCUCAGUUCAAACCGGAACAAUUGAAAAAUCAAUUUGGACGGCAGAAAGCUGACGAUUCAGGGAGAGCAGGAGGAGAAAACGGAGCACGGCUUCUCGAAGACGUCCUUCUCGAGAGUCAUUCUCCUUCCUGAAGACGUCGACGUCGCUGCAGUUGCUUCGAAUCUCACUCCAGAUGGAACACUGUCGAUCGAAGCGAAGAAGAAGGAAGCCAUCCAGGGAAGAGCCAUUCCAAUCCAGCACGCCGCUGUCGAGCACAAGCCCACCGAAUAA